AUGUUCGCAAAUUUCCUAGCAAAAGAAGCCCUCGAGACAACGCAGGUAACCAAAAAGCCACGAAAACACCCAGACAUCAAGGAGGGUAGAACAGAGCUGAAGGCCCACCUAGUGCUGAUGGCCACACACAGAGAGAGAAUUUGCGUGAGUGCGUGCGCGUACAUGCACCUGGUCCGUAAAAUGUUUGUACUUUUAGGUGUUUGCCACACCGGCAACCGUUUGGCCGCUGACCCAUAAGCCAGCACACCCUUGGGCGUACGCACACACACACGUGCGGGUGCAUGCAUGAGUUGUAAUCGGCAAGCGCCUGUCCACCAACCAGUACAUCGUGGGGCGCAGGGGGUGGGAGCGGGGUGAGCGCGUCCAGUCGCCGAUGCGGAGACCCGCAGUGCUAUCUACUGCUUACUUCUGCUAUGAGUGUAAUUGAGACACACUAACGACCUUCAGGCGUUGGGACAUCUCGAACGAGGAUGCCUCCAAUUUUGGCAGUGGCGUUUCCAUACCAGCUGGCUCGAAGCCACCACCACCACUGCCACCACCACCACCACCACCACCACCACCACAACCAUCACCACCACUAUUGCUAUUGCUGCUACUAAUACUACUACCACCACCACUACUACCAAACCACCACCACCACCACCGGUGGCAGCAGCAGCAGACCUGUUGGCAGCUUCCGCUCCAACUAACGUAGAGAACAAUACCCAGGAAGUAUGCGAUCGACACAGUUCACCACUCAGCAAUAGUGUGCUCGGAUAGAUGCGCAGAACGCUGUCCAGGGUCUUGCCAAGUGGACAGCAUCCGCUUAAAAUAAGACGCGGUCUCGGAUGGCCAGGGUGAUUAUUCUGCACGCCAGGACGACAGACUUCCCUGACUGCCACACAGUUCUACCCUGUUCCAGUAAGCCCUGUAUUUCAGGAAGAAAUAAAGUGCAAUAGGAUCAAGACACCCAGGCAACAUCCGUAGGAGGCCUCCUCAAUCAAUUCAUCGGCUGUCAAUGACCCGGAUCAGGUAGUCGCGGGUGAGAUGCGCAUAACACGAAGCGGCCGUGUCCUUUUGAGAACACACACACACACACACACACACACACACACACACUGUCUCGUACUCUUACUUAUGUAGUUGUGCUUGGUACAGCUGCGAUCGUGUCUGAUCUAGCCGACCUCGAUAGUGUCCUAAACUGUACCUCUCCAUGUUUGACGACUCGCGGCAGCAUAUCUGGACAGUUCAACCCAUCCUCUUUACCCUCGACGGAAACCGAAUAUCGAAGGUCAAAGAACCACCUCCAUGUCUUGACAAACUGUGUCUAACCAGGUCUUGAGUUGAGCCCCUCUUCGACGCCUCCAAUGGGAUAACGGUGCCGGAACGAGGGCACGUAUUUCAAGAUGAUCUAACACAAGCAUCAUUUUCAGUUGCAACAUUUGACGUUGAGACAGCCAUGAAUCAGAGAUGAAUUAGUGGAAGUAGAUUUUAGUCUCACUUGAAGCGCUUUGAUCAAAAAUAGCUGGACAAUACAAGGUGAAGCCUUAACUUUCAAGUCAUUUUGCCCUCCAUUCGGAACAAAACGGCGAAGGUCAGCAGUCUUCCAUGCCACGGCAAUCGGUGCACCGUUAUAAUCUUAGACUCGGAUUACACAUGUAACAGAUGAGCCGCAUGGAGAAGGAGCCGUGAAGCACACUUCCCAAUUGCGUGGGAGUUGACAGUUGGGUGGUUGUGAUACGUGAUGGUGUUGGGAGAUGCGGAUGCCGAUGGGAGAUAGUGUGACGGUGUGGUGUAGCCGGCGGUUGUCUACCACAGGUUGUCGCGAGUGCGCAUGUGCCCUACUAGGCUCAUGCGGUGGGUGAACGUGCCUGUGCAGUGAGAGCAGUUAAGGCGGAUGCGGCGAGUGUAGGUUGGCGCUCCAGGCACUGAUUUGCCCGUCUCUGUGCGAUUGAUUCGCAAGUGACCGACCAGAGCUAUGUGUAAGGUGAAUGUGCGAUCGAAAUGAGAACAGGCAUGAACUGAGUCCACGUCGCUGGAAGUGGGGAUGUUGGUGAUGACGUUUUUUACACACUGCCACAUGCACUCACGUCUCCAGUGCCCGGAACAUCAUGAACGCUGUUUGGUUCCAAAGAACGUUCGGGCCACGUCACGAAAUGUCAAAAUGUCUGGAAGUGGACUUACGUGAGACAUCACUCAGCCUUCAAAUGUCCUUAAAGCUAAGGACUAUCUACUCCAUCCUUCUCGUCCACCUCACCUUGGCAGGUUGACGAUUGUUAGCGUUUCGCAGUGAUGACCGGCUGAGCGCAUAACCUGUACGGCAAAGCCUCACCCCUCCCGUUUACUUACAGUGCGUGACAGAUCUCAUGAAAUGUUGGCCAAAAUUCUGAAACGCGUUUUCGAUUUGGAAGGACUACUUAGGUGAGAUUUUAAUACUGAUUAUCAUGCGGCAUGGUCCUAUAGUACUUCGGACUUGCCACGAUGUCGGCUUUGAAUGCACUUCUUUUCGCCCUCCUGCAGAAAGCACACUCGGAGAAAACUGACUACUUAAGUAGCAUGAACUUUUCCACAUUGAUCUCCGAUGGCCCUAUUAAUCCAAAUAUACCAUAUAGGAAGCAUGCAAAAAUAAUAUGAUUUCUUUUACUCGUUUGGUAGGAAAUGACCUUAUCUUCACAUUUUAUACCCGAAGAUCCCAGUUUCCGAACAAUUUUGAGCCUAACCAGCCGUUACAUUGGCGUUUAGCGAUUCCAGUUUACAAAGUGUAUGCUUUCCGCGUGAGGAAAAUCAUAUAUCCCUCUAUGCCUUUAAGAAGAGACAAUGUGGGGUUCAGUAAAAUUUUGCCAUGAAUGCGGACUUUGUCGUACAAUUCACUGAUAAACGGACAUGUGCAAUGCAGUACGCAUAGACAUCAUAUGGUCUUAAAAAUCUCAUGAUGAGAAACUUUUUUAAAACCGAAAGUAAAACUUUUCCUAGGAUAUAAAAUGUAAAACCAAUGUGAUUUUCUAUCAACCGAGUAGAAGAAAGCAUAUUUUUGCGCAUGUUUUGUGAAAAAUAUAUUUAAAUUUACAAGACCAUCAAAAAUCAAUGCGAAAAAUGCAUGCAUGCAGGAGGACGAAAAGCAGUGCAUUCAAAAGCUGACAUCCUGCCGAGUCUGAAAUACCAUAGGACUAUGCCGCAUGAUAAUCAGUAUUACAGUCUCACCUAAGUAAUACCACCAAAUCGAAAACACAUUUCAGAAUUUCGGCCAACAUUUCAUGAGAUCGGUCAGGCGCUGUAUGCACCCUGCGACGACUCUGCCCUCUAGUUGACCUGGUUCAUGGACAGCAAUCUUUGCUGAGAAGGCAUUAAAGCUGCACGCACGCACGCACGCACGCGUACGCACAUGAGCACUUGGUGCGUGCGUGCGUACGUGCAACCAGCUCUUGGAUAAAGAACCCUGUGGUACUUGUAUUGCGGCCGCAGUGCCCGUGUGUGCUUAGGGCUGAGAAAAACAAGCUGGUGGCUUUUUGGAGCGCACUGACGGACCUUGUCGAAAACAAGUCAGUAAAAGUACAAUCAGGAUUUCGUGUACUUGGCUAGACCGUUUUGACCGACCCUUGAAAUGGGGCGGGUGACUGGCAUUUGCAGGUCGAAAACCCAAAUGUUAGCUCCACCUAAUUCAAGGGUAUAAGUCUCCUUCAGACGUAUUUUUCUCGCAAAAUUACGCAAAAAAGCGUUCCACUAGUUUUUUAAUCCUGGGAUAAACACAAGGGAUCUGUAGAAUAUGUCGAGGACUACAUUCUCACGUUCCAAGUUCCAUAGAAACUAACUAACGCGGCUCAACUUAGAUAACUUCCCAGCACUUGUAUCUGGAAUUAUUAAGGGACAGAGAUGUAGUUAUAUAACCCCACCUGAAGUAAACAAACCCCAGCCACCUGUAAUACGGGAGCGGUGGUAAAAGGUAUUUUUACAAGUGGGACCGGGAAACGCACAGAUGACGAGGUCAAGUGAUCGUGUGCAAAAGAAACGCUUUUGGUAAUGCGCGACUGUACUUUGAGUGGUUGGCAAAUAGGUGCCCUAACCACUAAGCCUAACCCCUAGCCCUAACCCCUAACUCUGAUUCCUUACCCUAACCCCAAAACAUAACCCCUACUCACCUAACCGUGACCCUGAGCCCUAACCCUUAACCGCAGCCCUAAACCCCAACCCUGAAACAUCCAACGCGAAAGUUAGAAGGAGACGACAGACAGAAAGUCAAAAAGAACCACAGGCAUUGGGCCGAAAAAGUUAAACAGGGCAACAAAGAAACAAAGCCGCCAACAGAGCACAUAGCAACACCUUGCCAACGUAACCACACCAACUCAAAAUAUUUAAGUGGGUCAACGGUAUUGUGUCCAUCAGGUGCGGCUACAUAAUCACAUCUUACCCUAUUAAGUUCAUGCUUUUUGCAAAAUCUAAGCCUGGACUUUUCUAACUUUUGAGAAAAUUUUCAAGAGGAGGGUCUAUUUUUAAAAGGUGUUUUCUGAAAUGCAAAUAAACGCGGCGCCGUAAACAGCCCUUACAGGGCGCGCUAAUUCCGCCCAAUUUUUUGAAAGAAAUAUUGCAGCCAUAAUGUAAGGUUUAGGGAUGCAGCCAUUAAAACGGAUGAUUCUGGCCAAACCAUUGCCUUGGUUUCGACAGGGGUGGACUGCAGAGACGUCAUCGACCAUCCGCGUCAUGUUUCAGGUAGGAAUUUGACCGUAUUAAAAGCAUUCGUUUUGGGUUGCCCUAGAAACGCCAGAUGAUAGUAAAAAAACGGCUGGUAUAGGAGGCGGCGCACCAUGGCUGGUUAGUAGUUUUUAACGAGAGUAAAACUACCACCCAGCUCAGAUGGUAUCUUUUGAAAGCGUUAUUUUCAAUGAGAGUAAGCUGGCUCAUACCAAUUCUCAGCAUGCUUGAAAGAAGAUAUGUAGGCUCAACUGGUUUGACUGUGAGCCCAGAACCGUAAAAGAAUGUGGAUCCUUGAUUUAGUUAAAAUUCGAUCGUGUAAAAUUAACGCGAAAGAUGAUUCUGUUCGACCAACAUUGUCUGAACAGGAAGUCCUCGGGACUGCAGGUGAAGUAAGUGCAGACAGACACUGGCAAUUAUCGUCCGUUUAAAUAACUUAGCUAACAACGUCGGUCUAGAAUGCGAGGUGAAUUUGCUUGCAAUGUUUUGCGAAGUAUAGAGCACAUGCAAUUGCCUGUGCGUUAGUGAACAAUUUAGUUGUGUCGUCUCGAUCACAGGGCAUGCCUAAUUCGGACAUCAAAAUCCUUCAUUGUUGCCUUGCGGAAUGCGCCCAGUCCUUUUUCGGCAGGGGAUUUAAGUCCCUAUUGAGUAAAUAAAAACGGAAACUCGCUUACGGUACGAUAUUUCACAUUCAUAGACAAUGUGCAUGGCUGGUUUUGAAGUCGAGAACUUCGCUCUUAAAGCCAUUAGAAGCUGGCAAGAAAUGACCGUGAGUAUAAAUGAUUGAUAGGAAUGUGACUGGUGAACUGGGGGUGGGGUCGGGUGUAUGGGGAUGGGGGAAUAGGGGUCAAACAUUGAUAUUCUCCGUGGGGGUGGGGAAGAGCGGAGACAGCGGAUUGAUAGUAGGAGUUCAUGACGGGCUACUGGCAGUAACCAAUGGUCUAGGUGUUUGUAGGCCCUCUCAAUAUGCAUCAAAGUUAGCAUGCGGGCCAAAUCUGUUGCCGCAUGAUCCGACCGCAUGCAGCUGAUUAAGAUGCCUGCUUGUAGUCGUGUCAUAAGUUUAGUGAGUGAGACAGGUGACUAGGAACCCUCCCGUAACAGAACUUGCCUUGCGUUAAAUUUCGGGAAGGGUACGUAUUCCCCUAUAUUAACCGCAAUUUCAACAUUAAACCUAACUCACACCCUAACCCUGACCAUAACCUUAUCGUAGUCCUAACUUUAACCCUCACCCUAUGUUCACCGUAAUCUCCCAGGAAUUUUGGCGGAAACCAAUUUGUAUUGCGGGAAGGGGGAUUUUAUUCCUGUGUCCUCGUGGGAAGGACAGAUUCCACAUUCUGGAAAAUGACCUUUUGUUCCUUCGGUGUAAGAUCAAUCAGUGGAUGCCGGAACGCGAAAGGAAUGACUUCCUAGUCAAACGGCGUCUUUUUAUCGGUUACAUUAGACGAAAAGAACACGUGUCAGUGUGGCUGAUAUCGAUAUUAGUCGCCCUCCUAGGAAGGAAUUGCCUACGACGAGGCACUUGGGGUACGCGUCCACUUGGUUAAUCAUAUGAGACCUCAAGUAUGUCGGCUUGCCUAGUAGCCCAGGCGCUAUCACAGUCAGAACAUGAGCGGCAAGUAUGAAAAAAAAGUACGGCAUAAAUGGCCUCAAAAGUAAUAAACACAUUCAUCCUCUUCUGAAGUUGAAUAAUUCAGGAGAGAAGAGGAAAUCAGAGCGAUGAAUCUAAAAUACAUCAACACAGUCACAGGCACUACUGACAGGCGCACGUUCAUCCAGGUCACUUUAAGUUGAUUAGUUUUCGUUACCGUGUUUUGUCUUAUCGAACCAUCUGAAGGAAUUUCCAGGAUUAAACCCACCGUUACUACUUUGAGUAGCUUGACCGUCGUUUGGUUGUCUCUCAGUUGACGUUUAUUUUCUAGUUGUUAGCCCUUGGUGUCUGUUCUCGGGGAAUUUGCCGGCUUGGAGGUAGGUUCUAUGAAUCCUCUUUGCAGUGGGUUGAUUCAAAGGCAGUAAUAUACCUUCCCUCCCCACGAAUCGUUUUAUAUUCGGAAUGGCCAAGGCCGAAGUCUGUGCGUUUUCAGUCCUGUUGAUAUUUUCUUCAUUAGUCAGGCAAAAGAUAUCGUCCAUAUAUCGACAAUAUUGCCCGGCUCGACCUUGCCCACGUAGACGUUUGCUAGGGAACAUGGAGUCUCACCAACCCUGCCCCUGAGACACAUUUAUAGCCUGAUGAUGAGUCACUGAAAGCAUAUGUUUGUCAAUUGACUUUUUAAUCGUAAUAUGGGAAUUUUCGCAGAGGUCAGACCGUCUAAAAAAACUUCAAUUAAAACAGAACCCUGACUCUUGAAUGUGCGUCUUCUCAGACGCCUGUAAAAACGACACUCGCUGGAACGAUGGGUACUCAGUAAAUGUGAAUUUUUCCAUUAAUUUUUAAUACCCUUACAGAUUCGAACAUAUCUUGUAGAAAUCAUGCGCGAAAUACCCAUUCUUCUGCCCAUUUUGUCGCAGAUUAACGGUCUCUUCAGGGUUAAUGAAAUAUUCAGAAUACAAGUUGGCAAACAAAAGUUUCUUACGAUAAAUUCUCUUCAGGUCAGUACAAUUAUAUAGGAACGGCAUACAUUCAAACAUGCCAGUGACUGGAAAAUUGAUUAACGUUAGUUUUAAAAACAGAGGCGGAGCGUGAGCGGAAGGGCACGAAUAGUCGCAUGUGAUUAGUCGACCUUUGACCAUGGUAAACGCGGAUCUCGGACAAAGUUAAUCUGCGAGCAUAAGGUAGACGUUCGCAGCCUGAUUGCGGCUGCUUCUGAUGUUGCCAACAGACGCUUACCCAGUAGCUUAAGAUAGCUGGAAUUCAUCGAGAUAUCAAAGAUCUUAACCUUGACGACAUGGUGAUGUUGUUGUUAGAUGUCUCAUUACUUUUUGCAAACGUUUCGGUCACCGAGACAGUUGAUUAAAUCUGUGAAUUCCUGUCAGCCAAUUAGCUAGAAAUAGGGAUUCGGACGAUCGCACUCAAGGGUCUGCUACCAAAAUGCAUAAUAAAUAUGCAUUUUCCUUUUGACAACCAACUCUACGUACAGAUAGACGACGUUAGUGUAGCCUCGCCUCUUGGGCCUUCCUUAGUCGAUGUCUUUAUGGGAAAGCUGAAUAGAUUUAAACUAAGCGAUCAGAUCAAUGAGCUAAAACAUUGCGGUCGCUACGUCGAUGACAUCUUUAUAACUGCUACCAAAGAAACCUACGUAGAUGACCUCUCAAGUGCUGCAAAUCAGGCACAUCUGUCAAGCAUGUUCACGUUGCAUACGGAAACAGCCGGUUCGCUCCCUUUCUUCUAAACAGAAGACCUGACGGUAGCAUCCGAAGGAGGGUCCUCCGGAAGAAGAACUGGUCUGGACAAUACACGAACUUCGGUCCUUUGAUAACCCUCUAACGGAAGCGAAAUCUACUCCGGUGUUUGGCGCGAAGAGCUAGAGAAAUUUAUCCCAUAGACAGCUUUAUGGAGGAGCUUAGAAAAAUCCAGGAAUUGCAUCGCGAACACGAGUAUCCUGCCAGGUUUGUUGCAAAGAAUAUUACCAAACGACCGAAAAGACCACCGCAUUGAUUGUUGAAAAGAAAAUUUUUUCACUCAAAGUCCCUUUUCAAGGAGACACUGCGAUUGAACUCCUAAGAAGACGCCUUGAUCAAUCUGUCUCGCGAACCUUCCCAGCAGCAAGGAUCCGAAUAGUAUUCUCUGCCAAUCCUAUUUUGCGUGGAGAAGGUAAGGAUAAGUUGCUACCCCAGACCACCUCAAUGUGUAUCAAUUCCUUCACUUGCUCCUGUGGAACAAAUUAUAUUGGUCGCGCGAGGCAGCGCCUAGCCAAAAGAACAUCAGAACACCUCCCCGCAUGACUGGGAAAGGGUGAAAGGAGGAGCAUAAACAGCGCCCUUCUCGUACAUGCAGUUGAUUCAGGGCAUCAUUUGGACCUCAGCAAAGCUAUUCGUGUGAUUUAUAAGGCUCACUCGAGCUAUCCUAGGCUACUGGAUCAACGAUUGUUAGCAAGAACAGAAGCGACUGCAAUCGGGUUUCGAAAACCGACCUUAAUCGCGCAGAAGGACUUCGUUCGGGCCCUGCGCUUGCUGUGGUCAAAGGUCGACUAACCACAUGCAAAUCUCCGCGCCCUUCCGCUCUCCCUUUGGCUGUGUUUUUGGACGAUAACUUUAAUCGAUUUUCUAAUCACUGACAUGUUUGACUGCACGCCGUUUUCAUGUAAUUGUACUGUCGGGGUUGUAAUAUUGAUAAUAGAUGUCGGCUUCUAAAUGUCCCUCCUUUCGACCGGCCGCAAAAAUCGUACUCGGCAAAGAAAUAAUUCACUAAGGUAUCAUGUGUUUUUAAAUUGAUUUUCGGUGUCCAUACGAAUGCAGGUAUAUUUCAAAGAAGACUCCCCUGACGCAUUUUCUCUUGUACGCAUUUUGUAGAAAAGCCCGUUUUCUUCGAAUUUUAUGCUCGAAGAAUGGGUAAACUUACGUUUAAAAACGUUUUUUUUAUUCUUGGAUAAUAUUGAACUCGAUCUACCAUCGCAUUUGCGUUCGGGAUUACGAACUGCAGGCUGUCCACUUCUCACAUGAGGGAAGCCGUAUAUUCCACUAUGCUAUAAUGCCACUCGAGGCUCAUAAAAUUAUGCAGAGGACGAGAUAUAUGUUUAAAAUAUGUUUUUCACUUCAUAAGGAGAAUUAAAGAACGGUCAGACAUAAUAUUAUUUGAAUAGAAAUUUCGCGGUCUUAAAAAAUCUCACAAUAAUCUGCUUUCCAAUAAUAAAUGACAUAGUAUUUUGAAUAUAAAAUUUGAAGAAGACAGGACAUUCUAUCGAAUGAGUACAAAAAGCGAUAUUUUGUGCAUAUUUUUCAUAAAAAUCUUCCUAUUUGAAUUUGUGUGGGCAUCGAAAAUAGAUUGAAAAAUUCAUCUCACCGAAGUGGUCAUUUUUAGAUUGAGCGCAGUUUUUAUAGACGGCAAAAAACAAUUGCGUUCAAAAGCCGGCGUGCUGGAACGACUGAAGCGUCUUGGAAUUAUGUUGCAUGAUAGUCAUUUGUACAACCUUACUUAAGUAAUCCUUCCUAAGUGAAAACGCAUCUCAGAGACGACAGUACUCAUCAGUCGGUCCGAGUUGACUGCCUUCGUCCCCAAGUUUCCCUGGAAAUUUUGCAAUUAAUAUGCCUACUGAGGCAGGCCCCAUCCGAGUGCGUUGCCUGCAGAAAACUACGGUCUUUCUUUGUUGGGCCGACGCCAACCAUACGGGCUAUCUCUUCUGCAAAUGUGUUUCCGGUGUCUAAUGUGUGUGCCUGGUUGCCCAAAAAAAUGGCUUAGCCUGCUUAUCGCUGUCUAAUGUUCAUGUGUCCAGGUGGGGGCGGACUUACCAGUUUGUCCACAAUAGAUGGCAUCACAGUCGACACAUGGGAUUUUUAGGCAUCUUUUCUAUGUAGGAAGGGCAUUUACUGACAGGGUUAAGAAGCAUGCUCGUCUCGUUAUGUCUUUGACCCGAGCCAGGAGCCCUCGGAGACAGUCGCACAGCAACCAGUAAUACAUGUGGAGGAGGAGUACUGCUAAAGGCAGUGGAGACUGGAGUGGUCGCUGCUGACUUGUUAGCCAUCGUCAACUGGCGGUAUCCAACCCCAGGUUCAAGUGGUCUGGGAUUGGAAUGCAGGCUCUUCGGCCAAAGAGCGUUACUAAGUUCGACGCUCUACCACUGAACCACAGGUUAGCUGUCUUGUUAGUUGCUAUCGGGAAUAUCAACUAUCGUGGGACGGAGCGUCCAUCUAUCAAAUUAGCUGAGGUGGUAGUCUCCUUACGCAGGAUAGAGUACCAACAGAAAAGCGGUCCCACGGCUCAGUGAUAGAGCACUGAACUUCAAACGCUUGGCAAACAAAGAUCCCGGCUUCGAUCCCCAAGUUAUCCAAACUUAGUUUUAAGUACGGCUGGCCGACGGUUGUUAUGGUCUGCCCUAACUUUGUCGAUACUCCUUCAUACAACUUCUCACCUAUUGGCAUGGCCAACCCUGUCUAUAGAGUGUAAAAGCUGGGUGCACAGCAUACUUGCAAGGUUAGUUCGCUCUCCGUAUCUGAUGUCUUUUCAGCUCUCGUGUAGAGGAAAGUCUUCCAAUUUCCACAUGUGAGAUCAUCAAGGACCAGUGCAGGAUGUAAUCAACGUGUAUUAACGCAAAUUUUACCCAACUGCAAAAUAUUUUGUAACGCAUGAUAAAAAAGACAAAGGCGCAGUUCCCUUGAUGCGGACGUUCCUUAAAGUGGGUGAGUGAACGCGAUAAACCCGAGGGACUAUCAUUUUGUGAAAAUCUGUCAAGAGUAUGGGAAAUGCAAUAUAGUGAACCCAAGAGUAAACAUAUUUUGGUCAUUUAAAAGGUCUGAUCAGCUAGGCCAUGUAAGAUGUUCUCCAUAAAAGGCAAGUCGUAACGACCUUGGGAAGGAGGGGAUAAGACUACCAGAGCAAGGUUUCAUACCCGAACUCACCAUCAUGGACAGCGACAAAUAAGUGCGGUGAGCUUGCAAGAAUUGCUGUGCAUACAGUAUGCAGUCGCUACGCCAAGUGAUACCUACCAAAACUAUCAACUCCUGUAGUGACCACAGAUGGUCGUACUUGCUGCGAUGAUUGCCUCAUCUCCCACAUUCGAGUAAUAACUUGCCUCAAUUUUAUCAUCAAUUCUGAUGAUUUGUGGAAUACUGACUCCUCAACUAUCUGUGAAAUGGACAGCAACCAUUUUUUAAAUAGGAAACCUAUACAGGAACCCCUUUUACUAGUAAGCUCUUGUUUUGGAGGGAGAGUUUAUUUUUAGACAAUCAGACGUAUGGGAAGUAGAUUAUUCCCUGCACAACAUUCCUCCCUAUGUUAACGAAAGCUUAGAGUUCCACAUCUGGAGAGCGAUUAAUGGCCCACCGACGGCAGUGUGUUCGUGCACUUUUCAAUUCCACAGUCGUCAAAGGGAUUCAGCAAUUUCGCAAGACAAGCUUCUCUUUCAAUAGUCAAAGGAGGCAUGCUUCUUGUCAUGUUUAGUUUUUUAAUCUCGUUCUUUGCCUCUGAGUGGCCUUUACGCAUUCGUUCGCGCCCUUACAUUUUGUUAACUUCCGACUCUGCCAGUCUAACGAAUACAUCGCCGUUAUCUGAGUCCCAGUACAGAUCUAAAGAUAGUCCUGAUUUUUUGGGACGCAGAGCGCAUUGACGUCAAAUAGGUAGCCACGGUUCUUUACUUGUACCCUGUGAAGCCUUUUUGUUGGACACGGAACACGACCGUUUUCUGGCCUUCACUUCAGUCAUGUGAUUGGUCCUGACGAUUCAUGCGCGUGGGAUGUGUAAGAGGAAAAACGGAGCAAGGGUUGUUUCCGCAGGCGGGAAAACGAUGUCAGCAGCAGGGGGUUUGCGUCAAGAGGUAUUAAACGUCCUCAAGUGGAGAAGUGAACGACAAAAGCGUGAGCCUUUUGAGAUUCAAAAUCGACAGCAAGGUCAUAGCAAGCAGAACUAAGUCUACUCACUGAUCUAACUGGUCAUAUUAAUUUCGCUAGGCCUUACAGCCACUGCCAACCACCAAAGACCCCCAGAAUUAGGUUCCGCCCAGUAAUUGAAGACGGGAUACGUCCGUAGGAGGAAUAUAUUCUUUACAGUGGACCGAAGGACAGUUCUAGCGAGCAGGACUUAUAGCCUGCCAUUCUUCCGGAACCGAGCGCCAGUGGUGAGCUCAGGAAAGUCUCUGACCCUGUCAGAGGCGUAAAAUCGAUAGAUCGAUUAAUUGACACCUGUGAUUAGCUGUCCCUACUAGUGUAGCACUCGUUCAAAGUCCUGAUUGUAUGAGUCAUGGUCUGCCGCGGCGUGGACACUACCUGCAGGGGUGGGAUAGAUGGCCUACAUGAAGCGCGUUGUAUGAAAUGGUCGCCAACGGUUGAAGACUGCGAAUGAUAGUUUGAUGUCAGCUUAAUGUCCGCUAUCUAACAGGCGCUUGGUAAUGCGAUUUUAUUGUUCGACUUGAGGAGAAAUUUCGAGCUCGUGUCAAACUAAGCUGGCUGCUAAUUGCCCGAAUGUUCUUCAGCAAGAAACCGAUAUUUGCAUUUCAUAUGAAAUAUAUUUCGCAGUCUUUUCAAAAUAGCAAGGAAAAUUUGCCUCGGAGAAAUGCUCGACAAGGGUAUGGUUUACACCCGGGGUCACUUAUUCCAGGGAACAAGUGUGUUGCGCAAAAGAGCCGAACGUCCAAGAACUUUGUGGUAUCACAAAUUCUAAUCCUCCAUACUGUAACCAACCAAAAGGGAAACUACUUUAACCAUUUAACGAUAAUAAUAAAGAAAUGUAGAGCCCAUUUGGAGGCAUUGUCAAAAAGGCACUGCACCGUCGUAUUUUUUACUCCGAUGAAUACCUUAAAGCUUCUUGACCAACCUAACGCAGCAGCCACCGAGAGGUCUUUUCAUUCCUUUCUCUGACACCUACAAGUAAAUAUCGUCACUCAUUUACUUUUAACACAAUGGCUCCCAGAAGUGACCCCGGGCGUAAACCAUGCUCUUGCUAAAUACUCGAUCAGAACUGAUUCUCCUCGACGAAACUCACGAACAGUGCGUUUUACUAAUGUGACUCAUUCAAAUAUGUAGGCUUUUGUGGUAACAUAUGGACGAAAUAUCUGGUUUUGAAGGAUCCUGUUGUAAUAUAUUUUCCCACUAGGAGUGCCACUCUAUUAAAAACGGUUAAGUGGGUGCGACGACUGUCCACUGAAGGGAUUUACAAUGCAGUCCGACUGAUAGGUUCGGGCCAUAUUUAAGUUAUGUCUACUGGAACGGCCGAUGAUGCUCUGCCUGUGGAUGUUAAUUACAUUUAUGUUCAGAAUUUCCAACAUAGUCACUGUUUAAUACCUAUCCGAGGAAAACAUACAGUUACUGUUAUUCUAAACACAUCACUAUCUCCUUGUCCGGCUCAGGGUGACUUCCACCACACGAAUGUCCAUCUUCUGAGUUAGUACUUUUGCCAACCCUUUCCUUUGCAGAUAUUCUCACGCUCGAACCCCUAUAAAUAUAAGGCCGUGUUUUACCUAAACACCACUUUAUAGCGUGUAACUUAUCUUUUCUUGUUAAGAAUGCUUACUCGUGUUUUAUGUCUUCCGAACUUGAGCAUAGUGACUGGAAAAUUGGCUUUGCGAGAACUCUGACUGCUGGAGUCUUUGACGUUUUUCGUAACUUUGAGAGAGAAAACUGCCUAAAUCUAUCCAUAGCAGAUGAUUUGAGCCAUGACUACGCGCGUAUCGCAGGCAGAUGCGUUUAGAAAAACCUUUAACGUUGUGCUGCUAAAGUGCCCCAAAUGCACUUUCUAAUACUCCAAAAACGCACUCUGGUUACACCACUCUAAAGAUGAAAAAUAAAGCAGGGAUAAAAAAAGUUCCCGUCAAAAUUUUUGCGUUUUCCAAUAAGACUCCGCUUUCUUUCAGUACAUUACUGGAGAAUCACAAAGUCUCUAUAUUUUAUUCUCAAGGACGGAGUGUAAUUAGGUUUUAAAAAAGUUUCUAAUUAGGAGAUUUUUUAAGACCGCUCAAUGUCCAUUCACACAGCAUCGUACCUGGCCGUUUACCACAGCCGUUUACCAGUCCGCAUCCAUUGCAAACUUUUAUGGACUCUGUAUGAUAUCUUUUUAAAGGCAUAGAAAAAUAUGUUAUUUUCUUAACGCGGAACACAUGCACCUUGUAGACUGAAAUCACUAAGCGCUAAUGCAACGAAUGAUCAGGCUCCAAAUUAUUCGACAACUAGAAAACUUUUUUUAAAACCUAAUCACACUCCGUCCUUGAGUAUAAAAUAUAAAGAUGACGUGAUUCUCUAGUAAUUUACUGAAAGAAAGCAUAUUUUUUAAUGGUUUCUAUAAGAUAUAUUUGAAUUUGCAAGACCCUCGAAAAUCAAUGGGAAAGAUGCAUCCUACUUAAGCAGUCAUUUUUUUACCGAGUACGGUUUCUACAGGAGAUUGAAAAGCAGUGUAUUCAAAAGCUGACAUCCUGCCGAGUCCGAAAUGUUAUAAGGUUAUGCCUCAAGAUAAUCAGUAUUACAACCGCGACCAAGUGAUCCUUCAAAAUCGGAAUCAAAUUUGAGAAUUUCAGCCAACAUUUCAUGAGAUCGGUCAUUCGCUGUCUACUAACGAUACCGUAACAAGCUGGGAUUUCCAGAAGACCGGAAUUUCCAAAAAAUCGAGGAAGAAUUCUACAAAAACGGCAGAAUGAGGACAAUACUAUCAAAAACCCCGCGAAGUCUUCACUGUAAACAGUCCCAGGUCGUCUAAGCUCCCUACUUGCUGCAGGUGGCUAAACUGAGGAAACACGCUGAUCGUAAACUAGAUGGCCAACUUGAGAUCUCUCGGAAGCUGGGCAUUUUACUUAGUAAAUUAGCGACAGUUCGACUAUCGUUGAUGACGGUUACUUGCACUAGAAUUGUUCUAUAGUGAUAGUACACUUUCACAGCAUCUACCGCACACUCCCCUCCAUCAGCUUCCUGGGCUCGGUGUUGGUACGGGGAGUGGGAAUAGUGCAGAGCCACGACCACACGCCAUGCAGCAGGCCGCGGAAUGUCAACUGAGAAAGCCAAUCAGCGUGCGCUGCAGUAUCGAGCACGCCCGAUGGUUUUGUUUGCGCAUGCGGCCCAAUCAAUGGCUGGUCGAAUAUUCAAGACUUUUCCGCGGGAAGAUUCCCGCGCCCGCAACGGCCAAUCCGCGACCGGCACGCCAUGGGCAGGAAUGUUCUAGAACGCUCUCGACGGCUGGCAUACCAUUGACUGGGAUCAACAUAAAUAAGGCGUAUUUCUGACGAGUUAAAACCCCUCAUGCUCGCGAUAAAGUACCUGUUCUCUGAACCGGCCCUCUUUCUGCUCCACACUCCCGUCGAGUCAUUACAGGUCUUGAGAGAGAGGGGUAGGGGACAAAAGACCAAAGGCGAGGUCGGACGCAGUGGCUGACAAAGCUAAACGCUCCGUUUACGAGUGCCACACACGCGCCGGAUCCGCACAGGCUGGGUAAGGUUUACACGGAAACACGACACGCGUGGUUAGGAUCCCAAUCGAGUAGGGGUAGCAUAGAGGUCAUAUUAAAAAGGAGUCGACACAGACCGACUACCCGUCCUGAGAGGAGGGCCGAGUUAUCUCGUGGGCUAGAAGCUUUUAAAAACACGGCUUUUAGCCCGCUGCGAUAAUUUAAAAGCGUGUCAGAUUGGUUAUAGUGAGGAAUGUACGUUAUAUACCGUUGGGGUGCAGUCUCCAAGAUCAAUCUCACUCUUUCUUCCCUUACCCAGGCACUAGUUUCAUGUCCGAGCCAGUCGGUCAUUUGACGCGCGGCGUGGGCCUGUGUCUAGACGUGCUCCCCCGUCACGUGUGACACCUCUUAUGGGUUCAGAUUGAUAAAGGGUUGAUUAUUGUAAGAAGAAGAAGAAAGAAGAAGAAGAAGAAGAAGAAGAAGAAGAAGAAGAAGAAGAAGAAGAAGAAGAAGAAGAAGAAGAAGAAGAAGAAGAAGAAGAAGAAGAAGAAGAAGAAGAAGAAGAAGAAGAAGAAGAAGAAGAAGAAGAAGAAGAAGAAGAAGAAGAAGAAGAAGGGCUCUCCGGAACAGGUUUAUUUAAGUGCUGAAGUUUCAAAGAACUUAGACGGUUCUCCAUUGUCCAAGCGUAAAAUGCACUUAAUCGAUCAGAAAUUUUAAUUGGCGUGUUGUGUUGGUCGGCCUCAUGCUGAUCGAUUUUUCUUUCCUCUCGCUGUCUCGACCCCUCGGGCGAUGGUUGACGGGCGUUUUGCCUGCGUGCAUUGUGAGUCACCACUCCGUCGGGGGGAGCCGCCGAUGGGUUCUCAGCCGAUUAGCGCGUGUCGUACCCUGAUGCAGUCACCGCAUUGGUAAAUCACUCAUCAUGUCCAGGGCGACUUGGUCCAUCCAAAAGUCUUGUGAAGGUUAUCUUUGAUUUGAUCAGCCCAUCAUGGGCGAGACAAAAACGAAGAAAAAAUGCACCUAAUUCCCAUGUAUCGUUUUUGAAAUUUCGACCAACUCUAAGGAUAUUUAACAGGACGAUUAUUUGAAGUGUUUUUAAAUGUUAUUUAUGCGUGUUGUUUUAGAUGCCUGGUCGGUUGUAAAGAGUUUCAUUCUGUGAUGAUGAACAAUUUGCUUAUUUUUCUGAGUUUCGAAUUCGUGCAGGAUAGUAGCAGCCGCAGAAAAACGACAGUUAUAGGAGGUAUGAGACAAUCGAAAAUCAAUGACAGGAGUCUUCUUCUUCUUCAUCUUCUUCUUUAUUAAUGCAUACAAGUGAAACUCGAAACCUCGCCCCUUUUCAAGAAAUGGAAUUGUUUCAUGCAGUUGACGAACGGUUGCUAUUUAUUAAUUCCCCGUUAAUAGGGGUUUUAUGGAUGGUGGCUGGUCGGGAUGUACGAUACUAGCUGACGUAAAGCCUUAUUUGAACAGGUGAAUGAUCGAAGUUGGCCCGCUCUCCGUUCCGUUAUUAUAAAAUGUGUGACCAAAGGCAGUAUAGUGGUAGCGGACGAGUGAAAGGCGUAUAAUCGUCUUCCCUCAGAAGGUUAUCUACAUUUCUCUGUUAACCACUCAAAGGACUUCAAAGGCCCUACCACCGGACGGCACACCAAUGCCAUUGAGGCAUACUGGAGUAGACUGGAAAGGAAACUACACGAGGGAGGCCCUGUAUGUGGUCGAGCUGUGUGGGCUCACACAGACGAAGUACAGUAUGGUCUUUGGUUUGGCCUCAAUGCCAUGUCUUUGACAGAUGCCUGGGAACUGUUCCUGUCCCAUGUUGUGCAGACUUAUCCUAUUUCAAGGUGAUUUUGUUUUGUAAUGAACUGCCAUAAUGGGAAUGUAUGCCGUAUAUUCAGGUGUACGUGUGUAACGAUGGGGAAAGUUGGGUAACAGCGCCCAUCGUCCAUGUAACCUCCUGCGAUGAUCGUUCGGCCAGCCCAUGUUAGGCCGUCGGGGAAAGUCGAAGUAGUGCGUGAAAGUAGGCCUGCAACCGCUGAUCUAGCCUGAAGGCGUUUGAGUCCACUGUUAAAGGUAUUAUUUCUAGGUAACGGAUUUUUUUGGGUGCCAUCUCCCGAUUGUUACCAAAUGCCUUAUUAAGAUUAUCUUUGAUUUGAUCAGCCCAUUAUGGGCGAGACAAAAACGAAGAAAAAAUGCACCUAAUUCCCAUGUAUCGUUUUUGAAAUUUCGACCAACUGUGAGGAUAUUUAACAGGACGAUUAUUUGAAGUGUUUUUAAAUGUUAUUUAUGUGUGUUGCUUUAGAUGCCUGGUCGGAUGUAACAACGUUCAUUCUGUGCCUCUACAAAUUAUGCCAGUUUGCUCAUUUGACAUGACAUUUGUGUUUUUGGAUUUAAGCUUUUCUCGAGAAAAAUUUUUAGUUAUGACCGAGGUGACCUUUCUCUCAGUUCUCGUCUUUUUUCUGCUAUUGCUGACGGUCUUUCAUUUUUAAUUUUUUGCCGUGAUUUCGGCCGUCUACUGUUAUUCAGUAUAUCCAAUAUACAUAUAUAUCCAAUAUAUAAAUAUAUAUAUGGUCAGAACGGCAUUACUGACAAAGACAAGGGAGACUGGAAUGGCCAUUUAUGCCCUACUAGCCGUCGUCAGCCUGUCAUACCCAACCCCGAAGUGUGGCACACCCGAGGCUCGAACUCGCGACCUGUUAGUUAGAAGUCCACGCUUCUAACCACUGGGCCACGAGCCCGUUGUCCUGUCGGUUUUCGAUCGGGGGCGCUCACCAUUUAUUCGUACGGAACUCACUCUUUCCGUUGUGCCUUACGGGCUGAGUGGUGGUCCAAGACUUAGCCUGCAGCGACUCCCUCUGGAUGUGGCCUCAAUGGUACUCUUGACCACGUGAGAUCCAAGCUGCAAUUAUGGAACCUUGAUACAUGUUCAAUUCUUUUGUGCGAAGACCGAAUGUUACGUACCCGGAUUGUGUGUGGCACGCGCAGACGGGCUCUUUAGCUCAGUCAGUCACCUGCGCUCAAUCCCCACAUCAGAUGACCGACCGAUUCGGACAGUGAUCUGGCACCUGUGAGAGGGAAGAGAGGGGGUGAGUUCGGUUUUGAGGCCUACGACACUCAGCGCAUAGUCCUCACCUGAUACGUUUUUAAACUAGCACCGUUUGCUAAAAUCCGUAGCUGGGAAGGCUACCAACUUACGGAAUAAGUCGGCCCUUUCCUCAGGCCGGAGAGUCAGGCUGCAGCUACUCAUUCUGUGUGUGGCCUCUAUUGUGCUCUUGACCACGUGAGAUCCAAGCUGCACUUUUGGAAGCUUGAUACAUGUGUUGAACCAAUUCGUAACUGGUACUGUCGGCUGCUACCGCCGAGCCCACCUCCGUAACAAAGUAGAUGGGGAAAAAAGAGUGUGUUGGAUGCAGAGCAAGCCUGCGUUAGCAUCACCCCAGUGUCGGACCCAGCUCGUAGACUAGCGGUUGAUCUGUCCCCAACAGUCUGAAGAAAAUAACGCUAGCUACGGGGUAGUGGUGUGAGCUGGUAACUAAUAAAUUGAAGGAUGCCUCACCUGUUAGCUAGUAACUGGCGCUGCGAAACAGAUUUAAUUGUAUAAGUAAAUAAUAAUAAGAGGAAGAAUAAGAAUAAGAAUAAGAAGAAUGAGAAGAAGAAGAAGAACAUCGUGGUGAUGAGGAUGAGGAUGAUGAUGAUGAUGAUGAUGAUGAUGAUGAUGAUGAUGAUGAUGAUGAUGAUGAUGAUGAUGAUGAUGAUGAUGAUGAUGAUGAUGAUGAUGAUGAUGAUGAUGAUGAUGAUGAUGAUGAUGAUGAUGAUGAUGAUGAUGAUGAUGAUGAUGAUGAUGAACAAUUUGCUUAUUAUUCUGAGUUUCGAAUUCGUGCAGGAUAG